AUGAAUUGUGCAAACAAGCUAGCCAAUUAUGUUGGGCUCGGUUCAGUUUUAUAUGGGUCUAGCUGUGGCCCAUUAAAUGUCAUAGCCAUUGGGGUAGCUGCAUUGGUUGUUAUCUUCAUUCUGAAGCCUCAAGAGCCAAGGUUUUCUCUGGAGAAGAUAAAAGUGAAUUCAUAUAAGCUCAGUGCUUAUUCCAAUUCAACACUGUUUAUUUCAUCUGUUGUCUCUUUGAUCCUAAAUGCUCAAAAUCACAACAAAGUUGGCAUAAAAUAUAGCCCGUCAAGCCUUCAUAUUUUCCAUCAAGGAAUUCCAAUAGGACUAAUUCGAGUUCCUCAGUUCUAUCAAGCAGCUCAUAGUGACAAUGUUGGUAUAACAACACAGAUUUCCCUUCCUCGUUUAAAUGUCACCCAAAUUUUUGAUCAAGGUGUCUCAAAAGAAAAGGCAAUGAAGAAUGUUGUACAGAUGAAAGUUUUAGGCGAUGUUAGACUCCACUUGCAGUUAUCUCAUCUAACAUUGCCCAAGAUCAAGGUUGCGCUGGAAUGUGACAUAGACUUCAACUAUAGAGAGUUUGCAUUCCGAGAUGAACUUUUUGCCACGAAAGUAGUUCAAGAUCUUAUAAUUAUAUUAGGUUCGUUUGCUUGGUCGAGCUACACUUUCAUCGGUUUAGAUUUUGACAAUCACUUGGAGGAAUACUACACUAGGUAA